AUGUCGGACGACGAGGAUUUCAUGCAGGAGUCAGAUGAGGAGCAGUACGACUUCGAGUACGAAGAAGACGAUGACGAGGAGACCGCCGACGUCGACAUCGAAAACAAAUACUACAACGCCAAGCAGCUCAAGCUUUCAGACCCCGAAGAUGCGAUCGCAGAAUUCCUAGGCAUUCCGCCACUCGAAGAGGAGAAAGGAGAAUGGGGCUUCAAAGGUGUGAAGCAGGCUAUAAAGCUCGAGUUCAAGCUGGGCCAAUAUGACAAGGCUGCUGAGCAUUACGCCGAACUCCUCACCUACGUCAAGUCGGCCGUCACGCGCAACUACUCCGAGAAGUCCAUCAACAACAUGCUCGACUACAUUGAAAAGGGAGCGGAUGGCCCGGAGGCGGUGAAGUGUAUGGAGCAAUUCUACUCCCUCACGCUGCAGAGCUUCCAGAGCACCAACAACGAGCGCCUAUGGCUCAAGACCAACAUCAAACUGGCAAAGCUACUUCUCGACCGAAAGGAGUACGGCGCUGUAUCAAAGAAGCUUCGAGAGCUCCACAAGACCUGCCAGCAAGAAGAUGGAACCGACGACCCUAGCAAGGGCACAUAUUCACUCGAGAUUUACGCACUUGAGAUCCAAAUGUUUGCAGAGACCAAGAACAAUAAGCAACUCAAGGCCCUGUAUCAAAGAGCUCUCAAAGUCAAAUCCGCGGUACCACAUCCAAGAAUCAUGGGCAUUAUCAGAGAGUGUGGUGGAAAGAUGCAUAUGAGCGAAGAGAACUGGAAGGAAGCGCAGAGCGACUUUUUCGAAUCGUUCCGUAACUACGACGAAGCAGGUUCCCUCCAACGAAUCCAGGUUCUCAAGUACCUACUCUUGACAACAAUGCUCAUGAAGUCCGACAUCAAUCCCUUCGAUUCGCAGGAGACCAAGCCCUACAAGACAGAUCCGCGAAUCUCCGCCAUGACAGAUCUGGUCGACGCUUAUCAACGGGACGAUGUACACGCGUACGAGAAGGUCCUGCAGCGUAACCAGGACAUCCUAGAUGAUCCAUUCAUUGCCGAGAACAUCGAUGAAGUCACGCGAAACAUGCGAACCAAGGGCGUUGUAAAGCUCAUCGCACCUUACACACGCAUGAAGCUAUCCUGGAUCGCCAGGCAACUCAAGAUUUCCGAGCCCGAGGUACAAGACAUUCUGGGGUUCUUGAUCGUUGACGGCAAGAUCAACGGUCGAGUCAACCAACAAGAGGGUCUCCUGCAGAUCACCUCUGACGCAGACACCGAGCGCAUUGCAGCACUCCAGGGACUCACGUCGUCUAUUUCGGAGCUGUUUGGUGCUAUUUUCAGAGACGGAGAUGGAUUCCGCAACACUGAGCAUUCAGCAACGGACGAGCAAACAAUGGACAUGGCAGGCAUUCCAUUGGGCAAGGGAAGCCACAGGGCGGCUACUCAACAUCGUGGGAAGAAAGGGAAACUGGCUGCAGCGCAAUGGGCCUGA